AUGGGAGGCACAUCUUUUUAGCAAAAAUGGCUACAAGAUCUGAAGCCAGCCCGACGCUCUUCUUUCUCCUUUUGGUCUUAGCAAUAAUUAAAACUUCCCAUGCUGCUGGUGGCAUCGCCAUCUACUGGGGCCAGAACGGCAACGAGGGAACCCUGACUGCAACCUGUGCCACAGGCAGAUAUGCCUACGUUAACAUAGCCUUCCUUAACAAAUUUGGCAAUGGUCGCACGCCUGAAAUUAAUUUGGCUGGUCACUGUAAUCCGGCAUCCAAUGGCUGCACCGCUGUCAGCAGUGGCAUAAGAAGCUGCCAAGCCCGAGGAAUCAAGGUCAUGCUUUCUAUUGGAGGCGGCGUUGGCAGCUACUCUCUGGCUUCUCAAGCAGACGCCAAAAAUGUAGCCGAUUAUCUUUGGAACAAUUUCUUGGGUGGAACAUCGUCUUCCCGUCCGUUAGGCGAUGCUGUAUUGGAUGGCAUUGAUUUUGACAUAGAGCUUGGCUCAACUCAAUACUGGGAUGAUCUUUCUCGUUAUCUAUCAGCUUACAGCAACCAGGGAAGAAAGGUGUAUUUAACAGCAGCUCCUCAGUGUCCAUUUCCUGACAGAUUGUUGGGGACUGCCCUUAAUACAGGCCUGUUUGACUAUGUUUGGAUUCAGUUUUAUAACAAUCGCCCAUGCCAAUACUCUUCAGGCAACACCAACAACCUUGUCAACUCAUGGAACCGGUGGACAUCAUCCAUAAACGCAGGAAAGAUAUUUUUGGGGUUACCGGCAGCACCGGCAGCGGCUGGAAGUGGGUAUAUUCCGCCGAAUGUGUUAACUUCUCAAAUACUUCCGGUGAUUAAGAGCUCAGCUAAGUAUGGAGGUGUUAUGCUUUGGUCUAAGUUCUUUGAUGAUAGGAAUGGUUACAGCGCCUCCAUUCUGAAUAGCGUGUGAGCAAGACUUGUUUUGUGUACUCCCUUUAAGACCUAGACUUUGUAUGCAGUUUGGUCUUCUCUGAUAAAUAAAAUAUAAUAAAUUGAGAGAUAUAUCCUUAUCAGUUUCCAUGAUUUCA